AAUGGAUUCUAUGUUUGUUUGAAGAAAAAAAAACCGUUUCAGUUUCAAUUUUUCAAUUUUCUGUUCUGUCAAUUUCAUUCAUUAUUAACCCAUAGUAACUGGAUGAUAAUCGUUUAAGCCUAUGAACAUACAUGUAUAAUACACUGACUAUUUUCAUAAUCAUGAUAAUAAUACAAAGUAGUUCAAUCCAAUUUACAUUAUCAAUAUAACAAUUAAAGCAUAUUCAAUACAAUUUUAAUAAGAAGAAUUAUGUUUAUUUAUUUGUUUGUUUGUUUAAAAAGAAAUCCACUUCUAUACUACAUUGAUUAAAACAAUCAAAAUUGUAACUAUGCUAUGAAUUAUAUAAGUGUGAUUGAAGAAGACAUCCAAAUUAAACACUGAAUAUAUGUACAUAUAUAUAUAUAUAUAUAUACUACUAAGAAUCAUAAUGUAUGGAGCAACAACAGGUUCUAAGAAAGGAAAAAAUUUAACAUCGUAUGAUUUAAAAAGUUUAGAUUUACAAACUAAACCAAUUUCAUUACAUAAAUUAGAAAUGAUGACGAAUUUUACACGAAAAGAAUUACAAUUAUUAUAUCAAGGAUUUAAACAUAUUUGUCCUUCAGGUGUUGCCAGUAAAGAAUCUUUCAUAGGAGUAUAUAGAAGAUUUUUUCCUAAUCGUGCAUCUAGUGCUUAUGCUCAAUUAUGCUUUCGAGUUUUUGAUCAAUGUCAAACAGGACAAUUAACAUUUGAGGUUAGUUAGUUAUUUAAUUUUAAAAAAUAUUCGAAUUAUUUUAAGUUGUUUUGAUCACUUAAUUUCUCAUUUGGUAGUCUUACAUUGUUUUAUUUGAAUAACAUAUAUUAUCCACACAACUAUAGUUAGAAAUACUUUACCCUUUGGUAUUUCUAAUAAGGACAUUCGUCUAAGUUUAAUCGAUUAGUUUCACAGUAUUUGGACGCUGAGAUGUAAAACAUGUAAGAGGAAGAAUGUAUUUGUAAAAUCUCAGUGAAUGAAUUUUAAGUAAAUCCAAUUUUCGCUUGGUAAUGUUUGAUAUUUCUACCUGAAGUAUGUGUUGAUGAUAUUGUUCAGAGGAACAACAAAAACUCUACAACAAAACUAUCCAGCUCAAAGAAUAAAGCUUCAUCAAAACCUUUUAUAAUUAGCAGACAUUAAUUUGUUAAUAUCAUUGAUGAACACGGUGGAUCUGAUGCAGAUGUGAAGACGCGGAUUAACAAAGCAAGAGGAACAUAUCCACAAGUGAAGAACAUUUGGAACUCGAAACAACUGUCAGUCAGUCAACACCAAAGUCUGAAAUUUCAAUACAAAUAUCAACACAGUUCUACUGUAUGGGGCGGCAAUUCGGAGAAUUACGAAAGCCAUCAUGUCGAAGAUACAAGUGUUAAUUAACAGUUGUCUACACAAAAUACUUCGGAUCCAUUGGCCAGACACUAUUAGACACUGAUAACCUACUGUGUGAGAGAACAAACCAGAUUGCCAUGGAGGAUGAAAUGAGGAAGAAACGCUGGAAGUGGAUAGUACACACAUUGAGCAGAGCACUCAACUGCGUCGCAAGGCAAGCUCAAAGAAAAAAGAGGAAAACCAAAGAACACAUUACGUCAAGAAACGGAGACGUACAUGGGAAAAAUGAACAAUAAUUGGAUAGAACUAGAAAGGGAGGUCCAGGACAGAUUGAGUUGGAGAAUGUUGGUCGGUAGCCUAUGUUCCAUUGGGAGUAUGUAACAAUUUGCCUGUGGUCUAUCACAAUUAGCAAAAGGUUCAAAUUUAGAUAAAAUUAAAUGGAUAUUUAGUUUAUAUGAUAUUAAUGGAGAUGGUUAUAUAAGUAGAUCAGAAUUGAAAGAAGUUAUACAGGCUAUUUAUGAUUUACUUGGUGAUAAACUACUCACUGGUAACAUUGUACAAGCUAUUGAAGAUAGAGUUAAUACAAUGUUUAAUAAAUAUGAUCUUGAUCAUGAUGGUAAAAUAUCAAAAGAUGAAUUUUUUAGUGUUUCUACACAAUAAAAUUCAAUUUCUCUUCAGUCAGUAAAACAAAAGAAAACAAAAAAGUUUUGACAUUUUAAAUGGAAUUUACUAUUCAGUACUUUGUAUAAGUUAGAUGAAUUAAAAAUGACUAGUGGUUAAUCAGAACAAAACUAUAAUAUCUGUAUGGCAUUCAUAGUAAAAUAGUUAGUAAUUAUAGUUGUGUUAUGUGAACUAAUUGUGAAGUUCAUUUAGAAUGAAUGUUAUUCAAAUACGGUGUUGUCACUUGGCAAGGUUAAUAACCUACUGGGAUCAGUGACUAUUUCAAUGACUGUUAGUAAUGUUUUUUUCUUAUCUGCAAUAUUUUGUACAUAAAAGCAUCUAUUCUACUGCACAGCUGUCUUGUAGAUUGAUAUAAGUUCAAUUGGGAGAUUUAUGUCUCUUAGGUAGCCCUCUAUCAACCACAUUGUAUGAUUGUAGAUCUUCUAUCUAGCAAAAUUCUCUUCUUACAUUCUAACAAUCGAAAACGCUUUCAUCAAAUCAUACAACUAUUAUGAUUGUGAAUGCCCACAAAUGCUCUGGUACGGCCAAGAAUGGGGAGAGUUCACUCUCCCUCUCCAAAUGCUUUCAAGUGGCCAUGUGCAUACAACCACUAACAGGGAAGUCCUACUCACUGCCUUCUCGUGGUGAAGAUGUUGUUCGCGAAAUUGAGAGGAAGGAAAGCAAAUGUCCGGAGCUUUAUCCGGGACGGUGGAUACGAGAAUCCAACUAAGGGAGUUGGGAAACCCUGAUUCCAAACCAAUGGUGCAUAUGGGCCCUAGUACUCUGAAAGAACAAAUGGCGUAUGGACGAGUGUGGGCUUCUAAGUAAACCACCUGCCACGGUUCGGACACCCGGCUAGUAUCCCAGCCCUCACACAAAUCGGAAGAUUUAUAUGGCGCAUAUCUAUUUGGCGCCUCCUUGUACCAAUGUUUUUGUGUUUAAAUAGACAAAUAAAUAAGUAUGUUUGUUUACCAUUUGCUGAGUUAUUUAUUGAAGACCAACUAUUUUGUUGCACCACUGAUGAACUAAAAAGUUGGUUUGCAGCAAGCUCAUAUUCAGAUAACCAAUAUGAUGAUGAAAUUUCAUAAUAAAACAAAGCCUAAAGCCUAUCGCUACAAAUCCAAAUUUGUUUGAAUAACAG